UGCAGUGAGUCCGUCACGGCUUCGGCGCGAGCGCUAGGCAGCAGCCCCCGAGCCGCCUGGCCCCCUCUCCCCCUUCUCCCUUUCCUCUCUGUCUUUCCCCUUUCUCGACGUCUCUCCUCCCGCUCUGUCUCCGAAUCUCGACCUUAAUUUCUCUUCUUCCCCGCCCGCUCCCGUGUGCCCAGUCACCCGGCCGGCGCGGGCCCCGAAGCACCGCCUCCCCUCCCCCAGCCUGCACCCCCUCCCCCGCGGGCGUCCCGAGGGCCGCAGCCGCCCCAGCCCGGCGCAGCUGGGCCGCCGUCGCCACCGCUUCCUGCGGGAACCCUUCUGAACGCCGACACUCUCCUACUCCCGCGCGAGCCGCCGACCGCCGAGCAAAAUGGGAAAUGAGGCAAGUUAUCCUUUGGAAAUGUGCUCACACUUUGAUGCUGAUGAAAUUAAAAGGCUAGGAAAGAGAUUUAAGAAGCUCGACUUGGACAAUUCGGGAUCUUUGAGUGUGGAAGAGUUCAUGUCUCUGCCUGAGUUACAACAGAAUCCUUUAGUACAGCGAGUAAUAGAUAUAUUUGACACAGAUGGGAAUGGAGAAGUAGACUUUAAAGAAUUCAUUGAGGGAGUCUCUCAGUUCAGUGUCAAAGGAGAUAAGGAACAGAAGUUGAGGUUUGCUUUCCGUAUCUAUGACAUGGAUAAAGAUGGCUAUAUUUCCAAUGGGGAACUCUUCCAGGUGCUGAAGAUGAUGGUGGGGAACAAUCUGAAAGAUACACAGUUACAGCAAAUUGUAGACAAAACCAUAAUAAAUGCAGAUAAGGAUGGAGAUGGAAGAAUAUCCUUUGAAGAAUUCUGUGCUGUUGUAGGUGGCCUAGAUAUCCACAAAAAGAUGGUGGUAGAUGUGUGACUCUUCUUAAAGAGUACCACCCAACACUUUUGCUUUCUUCUCCAUCUCUGAAGAUCUGCUCAAGACGUCCAGCAAUGCUCUCUGUGUAUUUAAAUGGAAGUAUUUUUCUCUGUGAAGCCACAUUUUCCAACACGAGCCUCAUGAAGCCAACUAAGUGUUAUUGAACUCUUAUUCUCUCAAUAACUCAGUGUAGCACUUUAAAGUCUGAAGGACAGCAACAUGAAAAGAGCAUAUCAAUGUGGUGAAGAAAGGGAAGGGGUUGGCUUUUUAAUUUAUUUUUCUUCAUCUUUUAUAACAAGAAAGUAUCUAUAUAUACAUAUGUAAAUAUUUAUAUAUAGAUAUAUGUAGCUUUCUAUAUGUGUAGUAGGUUGGCUUUAAUUUAAUCUACUUGAUUCAGAAACAAAAUGAUAGAGUACAAAAGUGCCAAGCAGAACAUAAAACAUCCUUACUUUUAUUUCACACAGUUUUAUAUAUAGAUAGAAGAUUGUACAAUUUGAGCCGGGUGUUAGGCCAGCUGUUUUCCUUUUCCUGUGCUUUCUCCUUUGAGAGAUUGACAAAGCAUUUGUUAACGUCCUAUUAUUUACCUUGAUUACAUUUUUGUAACAAAGGAGUUUGUAAUUUUAUUUAUACCUAUGACUAUAUUUCCAGGGACUAGGUCUCAUUGCUGAGCAGCUUUUACUACAUCUCUGCUUGAAGAGAGAGUGUAGUCAGUGCUCCUGCCAAGAGCUCAUUCUCGUGUUCAUAUAGUAACUGCACAGAGCUUGUGGCUGCUUCGUUGUUAUUUUUUAACCAGGAGCCAUUAGAUUUAGUAAAUGUCCCUGAGUCGGUGUAAGUUAUCAGUUGUGGAAAGGCCAGAAGCCAUCUGAGGCAAUCACGAGUUUCCUUAGAUGUUUCUUAGUAAUACCGGAAGGAAUCACGGAACUACUUAGGAAAUCCAUUCAUUUGUUUCAGUAUGUGGGUAAACAAAGUUUGUCAUUAAACUUACCUUUGAACCAUAAAUUUCCCUGUUUCAGAAGACUUGCAGCUCAUCUAAAAAACUGGUGAUACUUAAUGUGCAUGUAUGUAUCUGAACGCCCACAUAUAUUUGUGAUUUAAAUGGAAGAAGUCUUACUGAUCUGUAUGCCACAGAGGAGCAAAAUUUUAUCCAAAUUUAUACCUCCUGAAUUUCUUUACCACGAGGCAUAGAGAGUGCAUGAUGGUUUUCUUUCUUGAUUUGCCCAUAUUUGUAAUGGAUGCUAACUUGCUAAAUGUGUGAUAUAAAAGUAGUGUAUCAUGUUCCACCACUUGAUAUUAUCCCUUCCCUUUUCUGCAAAGGUACUAUUGGCUGGAGGAAAACAUUUUAUGGUUCGCUUUCUAGGAAAGUAGUCUUCCCCUGUAUAGGUUUUUCUAGAAAAAUGGUUUUAUGAUUGUAAGUGGAAAAGGGCAGGUUGAAUCAAGGUGAAUGAAAUCUUAAAUUGGGCACACCUGCCUGUCAUCGCUGUUCCUUCAACUGAGUGCUGCACAUCAUGGGCUCUGUCUGUGAGAGAAAAAUCCCGGUGCUUGGUGUCCUUGCAUGACAUGGAGUUUUGCAUGUAGAUCAAUUUAAAAUGUACCUCUUGUUUACAUAAUUUGCAUAAUUUUAAAAGAUAAUGUUGCCAAACUUUGGAAAUGUUAAUGUUCAAACUGAAAAUCUCCACUACAUGUAACUUUCUUCCUCUGGAUCAGUCCGUGGCUUAUAAGCCCAGCCAGUGGUUUGAUCUGUUCUAGUGUCAGCUGCCAUGUGCUCUGCUUCAAGGGGGAACUAGUCUUUUGUGAAUUUUUUGUACAUAAGUACUUGUUACAAAUAUUUUAGCAAAUGCUUUCUAUUUCUCUUGCUUGUGCAUAUCUUGGCUGGCGUUACAGAAAAAUAGUGCAAAUGUUAUUUCCUUACUGGGGAAUGAGGGUUUUUUUUUUUCCUUUUUUCUUUUUUUAGUGUGGGUGGGGGAGGGGUUUAUGUUGACUGUUUAGUUUUCUUCUGCAUGAAAUGUCAUGUUGUGGGAUCUUUAGAAAACUUCAUACUGUAUGAAUAAGAAAAUAAAAUAUUUGAAACUUG